AUGGCGAAAUCAGUCCUCAUUAUCGGUGUCAAUGGCACUUUGGGCGCCAAGAUCCUAGAUGCCCUGGUCGCUUCCCAGUCUUUCAAACUGAGUGCCCUUAGGCGUGCGGGCUCCAAGAGCACCAUCCAGUACCCAGUUGAUCAAGUUGCUGUCGUCGAAGUCGAUAGCGAUCUCUCUUUUGAGGGCUUGAAGAAAGCAUUCACUGGGCAAGAUGCCGUCAUCGUCAGCUUCCGUCUGCGAGACCUCGAACAGCAUCUGCGCAUUGCUGAGGCCGCCGAGGCCGCCGGCGUAAAGCACCUUAUCCCCGCCGAUUUCGGCAGCAUUGACGCUGAUAACCCUCGCGCCCGCGAGCUCAUUCCCCUCUAUCGCCACAAGAGAGCUGUCCGACUCAAGGCUCAAGAAUUGGCCGACAAGAACAAAGAUUUCGCUUGGACGGGCAUUGUCUGCGGUCAUUUCUUCGACUGGGGCAUCAGAGAAGGGUUUCUCCACGCCUAUCUGGACAAAAAGGUGAUCGACAUCAUUGACGGCGGUAAUUUAAAAGCAUCUGCUGCCACUCUCCCCAGGGUGGGCGAAGCCGUCGUGCGCAUUCUCCAGAAGGGUGUGACCGACGUGACGAGAAACAAGACGCUUUUUGUUCAGAGUUUCUGCAUCACUCAAAAAGAACUCAUCAAGAGUCUAGGGAAGGCAACAGGCGCGGAAUGGAAAAUCAACGACCUCAACUCUCAGAAAUUCAUCGAAGAGCACAAGACGAAGGCAGACGCAGGCGAUCACAAUGCCAUCGAAGACCUUGUAUUUGCAGUCGGCACUUUAGAUGCCGAUUGGACCAAGCAUCCUGACUUCGCCAUGGAGGCUUUGGGUUUGGAAGACGAAGACUUAGAUGCCAUAGUCGCAGAUAUUGUUGCCAACCCAACCGGGAAAUAA